AUGUUGCAGGCAACCCCCUGGACUCUUUUGAGGAAACGACGGCAGCCUGAAGUGACCUGUGCUCAUCCUAAACAGGAAACAAAGUUUAGGGAUGUGAUCAUGUAUUUGGUGGAGAGGAGAAUGGGGAAGAGCAGAAGGAUGUUCCUGACUAGUUUGGCCAGGUCUAAGGGUUUCUGCGUGGAAGACACCCUAAGUGACAAAGUGACUCACAUCAUAGCAGAGGCAAACCCAGCGCAUGAGCUAUGGUCAUGGUUACACGGACAGAGUCUCACUGACCCGGACAGUACGAAUGUGCUGGAUAUCUCCUGGUUCACAGAGAGUAUGGAAGCUGGCAGGCCUGUUCUGGUGGAGGCAAAACAUUGCAUACAACAGAAGCCAUCUCUGCAGUUGAAGAAAACUCUGCCAGCCAAUCCUUUGCCUACUGUGUCUCAGUAUGCAUGCCAGAGACGGACCACACUGGACAACCACAACAAGGUUUUCACUGAUGCACUGGAGGUGCUGAUUGAGAACUAUGAGUUCAGUGACAAUAAGGGGGCGUGUGUGGGCUUCCGGCGGGCUGCUUCCGUGCUCAAGAGCCUGCCCAAGCCGCUGCGAUGCCUGAAGGACAUGGAGGGACUUCCCUGCCUGGGAGACGACACCAAGGCCAUCAUAGAGGAGAUAUAUGAAUGUGGAUCAUCAUCCAGAGUUGAAAACAUAUUAUCAGAUGAGAAGUAUCAAACCCUAAAGCUGUUUACCAGCGUGUUUGGAGUUGGGCCCAAAACAGGAGAUAAGUGGUACCGUAGGGGCCUGCGUGCCCUGGAGCAGGUCCACUCUGAGCCCAGCAUCCAGCUGAACAAAAUGCAGGCAGCAGGAUUCCUGUACUAUGAAGACAUCUCCAAGCCAGUAAGCAGAGCUGAGGCCAAAGCAGUGGGUUGUAUAAUAGAAGAAGUUGCCAGCUGUUUCAGUUCAAGUGUCACUAUCACUUUGACUGGAGGCUUCCGCAGGGGAAAAGAGUUUGGGCAUGAUGUAGAUUUCCUUCUUUCCAUACCUGAGCCUGGUAAAGAGGACGGACUGCUCCCGGCAGUGAUCGACAGGCUCAGAAAGCAGGGCAUUCUGCUCUACUCGGAUCUCCAAGAGUCGACUUUGCAACAAUGGAAGCGCCCGAGUCGUUGUUUCGAUUCCAUGGACCACUUCCAGAAAUGCUUCCUGAUUGUGAAGCUGUGGACGAGGCUGGUGGAGGGCCACAGGGAGGAUCCCAGCAGCCGGAGGGACUGGAAGGCAGUGCGUGUGGACCUGGUUGUCCCUCCUGUUGACUGCUAUGCCUUCGCCCUGCUGGGCUGGAGUGGGUCCACGCAGUUUGAGCGAGACCUGAGGCGGUUUGCCAGGCUGGAGCGAAGGAUGCUUCUGGACAACCAUGCCCUCUACGACAAGACGACGAAUACCUUCCUGCAGGCCAAGACAGAGGAAGACAUCUUCGCCCAUUUGGGUCUGGACUAUAUCGAGCCUUGGCAGAGGAAUGCCUAGCCUUGGCGCCGUCCAUUAUCGGUGCCCGCCUUGCGCCCACAGCCCUGGUCAGCUCUUUCCUUCAUGACGCUCUGCUGGACUGCACUUAUUCAGUGUCACUGUCCACUCAUUCAUUUUGCCCAAAAGCCAAAAACACUGAAAGUCAUUUGCAAUUAAGAUUUAUUGGAUACCAAUAACUCAAAAGAAUCGUUGCUUUUGAAACUGCUUAUAUUUAUCGUGUAUGUUCUGCCAAAGCUAAAGACUACGUGACGUAUGUUCCUAGUAUGGAGGCAUACAAGAGAAAGAGACAUGAGAAAGGGUGGAGGAGUGAGAAUCGCUGCAAUUACUGGAGCAGACAUGAGAAUCUAAGACCUUAUGUGCGGGUGGAGCUGAAUAGUUGCAGCAGCAUAGCUGAUAGUGGAUUUCAGCAUCCUUUAGUUAAUUCCAGGAUUCUAGGGCCUUAUCACUGUUGAAUGCUGACAGAAUGGUACGUGUUGAAACAUUAGAUAGCUGUCUUUAAUACCAGCUUUUAAAGUAUAACUGAAUUGCUGAAUUUCUUUACUUCUGUUCAAACGUCAAAGCAUUACUGAGUGGUAGCCUCACAUUUAUGCAGCUCUGAAAUCUUUUCCCCUCUCUUUUCACUUAAUUAUUGAAUCUGUCUAUCAGGAGCUUAUAUAUGUAUUGCUUUGAAGUGUUUAAUAUUCCAGUGCUUAUUUCAGACGAAAAUAUGCUGACUGCCAGCCAGUUGCCCUAAUGCAUUCAUGUAUGCAUUACAAUAUGUUUACACGUCUGGAGACGUGACACAGAUUUAACUGCAAAUGUGUGUUUGAUUUUGUUGACUAAAGCAAAUUUUAGGCUGGAGUGACAUAAUGCAGCUUUCACUCCACAAAAAAUCCUUUUGCAAGUUCACAUCAGUUUGCUGCAGCUUUACUGUAGUGUAACACAGUGUAUAUACAAAUAAACUGCAUUCUGAUCAUUUCUGUAAAUAUGUGGCAUGCGUUACUAAAAUGACAAAACUGUAAUCAUGUCUUUUACCCAUGAACAGUUUGUCCUACACUGUGAAUCUUUUACAUAUUUGCCUACUGCUUGCCAUUGGAUAGUGUAAGUUUUUGAUUAUUGCAUGGAAUUAAUUGAAUAAAUGAACAUGGCUUUGUA